CUCUCUCUCUCGCUCUCGCGCACACUCUGCGAACCAUGGCGAAGGCGGGCGAAGGGCUGUUCAAGAAGUACAUUCCCAAGGACAUUCAUGAGAAGAUUCGAAAUGUCCUGGAGUUCAAGCCCAAGGACCCCAACCGAGGAUGGCAGGUACCUCCGGCGAAAGCUGCGACGCCGGGGCUAAAGGCAAAGAACGAGUACCGCACGCCUGCACCCAACUCGCAGCCUCAGGCGAACGUACCGGUGUCAGACAACCCCGACCUUCAGUACGACAUCGGGUACUUCAAGAGGGACACCAGGAGGGCGCCGCGGCAGAUACACUCUUACGUGGCUCCUUCUCUCAGGAUGCUCGCGGAUGAACGGGUCAAGGCCCUCGAGCUUAUCUCGAAUGAGCUAGGACCUGAAGACCCGGCGCCAUCUCAGGGAAACAAGAACCCGGCCGUGCUCAAGUACGACCCCACGGGCCUUCGUAGCACCAUGUCGGCCACCAACGAGGCUUGGACGGAAUCCCUUAAGGAGUACAUGCCCACCCACAAUGUGAAGCCGUGGUGGUGGCAUUCCGACGUGGACCACGUCGCCGAGGCACAGGCGAAGGGACUACCGCCCCCGCCGGGACGCCGCAUGGACUGGGAGGCACCGAAGAGCUCUAAGGUUGCCAGCUGGUAGAGAAAGAGAGAGAGAGAGAGAUAGCUUGGACAGACGACGCCGGUGCCUACCUGUGCUUGUGUCUGUUUUUUGUCUCGAUAAAACAAAGUGUUUUUUUGGUUGGCAGUGAUUGCGCUGGUCGCCAUGCGCCAUCGUUGGUCUGGUCUCGCGGGAGAGGAAGCGCGGCUAUUGUUUGCGGCAGAGGAUGAGGGCGGGUGGAAGGCUCCUUGGCUCCAGGUCGACUCUAGCUAGAGGGGUCUCGGGGAGAGAGGGUUUCCUUGCAAUAGGCUUGCGCCGGUUCCUUUGGAAGGCGCUUUUGUUUCCCUCGAUGCGUUGUAGAGGGAGCCUUGUCCUUGAUGCAAAAAUAUGUCUGUCUCCAUGUCUCCAUUUUCUUGUUUGUUUUCUGGAGCUUGUAUAGCUUUAAGCUGUUGGAUAGCCAGGACGGCGGAAGAUCAACGGGGAAGAAAAAAAGAUUACGGCAGCGUU